AUGUCCACCACAAGCCUCUCAUCACACCACAAAAUCCACCGGAGAAACAACUCCGGCGAGCUCGACGUUUUCGAGGCCGCCCGAUACUUCUCUAUCGCUGCCCACGACCACACCGUCCCUUCCCGGAUGAGCCUCGACAUGCCCAUGAUCAUGCGGGCCGGGCCUCCCGACUUCCACCACGGCACAAAUAACGCCAAAAUAAAACACCCAAAAUCCGAAGGCAAGAAUAAGGCGCACAAGCAACCGAGCUCGCCGGGCGGCCGCCUCGCGAGCUUCCUCAACUCCCUAUUCAACCAGACGACGCUCAAGAAGAAGAAACCGAAGCCCGCAAAAGAGUUCGACGACGAAAAUGGGCCUGGUGGGGCCCGCAGAAAGCGAAGGAGCAGCAUCAGCCACUUUAGGGUUAUCACCAGCAGCGUUACUGCUGCUGGUGAUAAUCCUACUAAUAAUAACAAUAGUUAUAGCUAUUAUCGUAAUGAUAGCAUUGUGAAUUCGAAAAAGUCGGGUUUUCGUACGCCUCCACCUUACGUGGACACGCCAACGAAAUCGUACAAGACGGUCUCGAUGGUGCUGGCCGAGAAAAAUGGUCCCGAGAGGAAAGGAGAAGAUCGUGGGCCUUGGAUUUUCCAAGAAAAAUCCAGGGUUCUCGAGGAGAAAAAUCCAGAAGCCCUAGAUUUAGGGUUUUUCGAUUGGAAAUCGAAGGAGGAGAGAGAAAAUGCGAAGUUCGGUGACGUGGACGACGGAGGGGAGAGCGACUCGAGUUCGGAUUUGUUCGACUUGCCGAGCCAUGAGCUCGAUUAUUACUCGAGUGGCUUGCCGGUUUACGAAUCGACUCAUAUGGACCGGAUCAAGAUUGGCGUGCCGAUUUCGAGGACAACUAUUGUAUGA